UUUAUUAAUUUUUAGUGUGACAUCGCUAGUAGAAAUGUAGAAUAAAUGUAAUUACAUACUAUUCAGAGGUGAAAAAUUAAGUUCUAAAAAACCGGGCCGAGUGCGACUAAUCAAACUCGGGUAGUUGAUUUUGAAAGUUAUAUUGGGAUUCUUUCCUGCAAGUUCUUUUAAUAAUAUUAGUUGUAAAAUAUGUUAAAUUGUAAAUAUCAGCUGCAGUUACGCGAAACCAACCUUCUACAUUUCCUCUGUGCCUUUGCGACAGUGGAUGGGUAAGCGUACUAAUGCAAGGAUUCUGUAGCAAUAAUGAAGAUAACUAUCCUAUAUGAUUCUUAAUAUAGUUACACUUUCAGAAUUGUAAUUUUUAACGAUUAACGUUGAGCGACGUUUCCUAGCAUGGCAGCAACAUUGUCAAUUCAAGACUAUCUACAGCAUUUUCUUCUAAAUCGCGACCUUCAGUUGGCAAAAGCGAAUCGAGUAAGAUUACCAAGUCACAACGAUGCAAAAGUCAAACCGUCUUCGCCAAUCGGAAGAAAUUUCUCCGAUGGUCGUCAGCCGUCACCGGAUAAAACAAUGACAUAUUUUCCACAAAAUCAUGGAAUAAUGCUGGCGAAUGUAUACCAGGUUACUAAAGAUGGAACAGACAAUUUAUUAUACAGUAAAAAAAUAACAGGACAGAAAAACAAAAACAUAUUCGGGAUAUUCGUUCAAGAUAUGAUGGGGACAAAAGCAAGGAAAGCAUCCAAUAUACUCGAUGGACGAAUGAGUAGGGGUUCGAGUAUAUCCGAUAUCAGCAGUAUAAUGAGCAAUGCAGAAAACGAAGAAGGAGUCUUGCAACCGAACACCACUGUGUCAAUAAAUCUUACAUCAAGCAGAAGUCCGAGUAACUUGGGAAGCGCAGAGUUGAUUGGACUUCUGGAUCACUGUCGACAAUUGUCAAUACGAGUUACAAUUCACCUGAGAUUUGCACAUUCCUAUACUUGGGACAAUAAAUACAACCGAGAAGGACUUGAAACUUUACAUAGCAGAGGAGUAAAACUGUCGCCUAUAAGUUUUCCGCAAAUAAUCCAAAACAUGAUUGAGGAUUUGCAAGAAAACAUCGAAUCAUUCGACGAAUUCCAAACAUGCAGAGGAACAAUUAUCGUUGAUCGCCCAUAUGUCAAUCGUGCUAUAUCCGAAUUACGACAAAGCCUCACUAUUCGCAGCGAUUUUUAUCAACAGGACCAACAAGAACAACUCGCUGAAAUUUUAGGAAAAUGCAUCGAUAUUCCACAAUACAAAAAAUUUUUCACGUCGGAUUUACCAGAGGUAUUUUCGUUAGAGACAUAUAGAGAAUAUAUACUGCUACAAAAUGCUGAUGUGGAAUGGAUUAAAAUAAAAGUCGGAACGACGAAAGUGAAAAAGGGCAUCACUAAGGAAGAAUCAGCGUAUGAGAAAGUUGUUGGAAGUUUAGAGAAAUUAUCUUUAGGCAACAAAGGGCCGAAGCAACCAGAGAGACCAAAUAAACUAGAUUUGGAAUCAAUAUGGGAAAAGGUUGGUUCCAAAGUAUCGAUGGGAGAUUUGUCUGAAUGCGAACAAAUCGUGAUUUCUGUGAAUGUUUUCCUGAGCGAAUACACCGGUCGUACAGGAUGGGUUGAAGAAGUGACUCAACUCCACAAUUUUUUGAGAGAUAAAACCGAAGAUGGUGAACUAUAUAAGCCUACAAAACCAAUCCCUCAGGUUAGAGUGGAAACGCGGAUCAGAUAUGCACAAUGUAUAGAGGGACCUGCUUUGCCGAUGCAAUCAAAAGAAAAUACCAAUGACGAGUACAAGAUAAUGAAUGGAUAUACGAACGGUUAUGCCACGACAAGUUUUGGUUUCCCAAAAGGAAUGCGAAUAGAAUGUCUUCACGUGCAGGACAUAUUAUUCGAGAUGCUGGAAGACCUGGAAGACAACAUUCGGUAUGUUAGUUCUCUCGACUACGAGCGAGGAGCCAACCUUUCAAUAGAUAGAGAAGCACUAACGAGGGCAAUGGGACUGCUGAACAAAUCUAUCAAAAUUAAGACAAGCAAUGGAGAAUACUCGAUGAAUGAAGACUUUGUUGACGAUUACGCUGAUGAAAUGAACGAGGUCUGACACAUCAUUGGGAAUUUAAAAACUGGUUGAUUAAUGAAGCCAAGCUUUGAGCUACAUUAAGAACAUGCCAAUGCGGAGAAGUUUUGGGUCGUAAAUGAACUUUUCGUUUUCGAGCGCCUCCAAAAAUGUUACGUGUUACUACAUGUUUAUUCGGAGUGCAAGAACGGGAUAGCACAUAUUGUGGUCACUGUUUAAACUGAAUAAAAUAAAAAUGGCUGGUCUAUCUAUUAUACAAUAUUUUGUGUAGAAUACUGUAGCAGUGCUUUUGACAUUGUAUUUUGAAAUAAAUUCAUAAAUUUCUAA